UUACAAAAUGAAUCGAGGUCUAGUGCUGCUGGUAGUACUUGAAGUGCUUGCCUUGACUGAGUCCCGCUUUGCCAAGAUAAAUAUUAACCUGGGCUUGACUGUGGCCGAUGAAUCACCCAAGCCGCUCACCGAGGACAUGAUCCGCCUUUGCGGCGAUCAAACAGAUGUGUCUCUCAGGGACCUGCAUAAGUUUCAGCAGGAGGACUUUUCGGAUCCCACGGAGUCGAUUCAGUGCUUCACCCACUGCCUCUAUGAGCAGAUGGGUCUCAUGCACGACGGCGUUUUCGUGGAGCGGGAUUUCUUUGGGCUGCUCUCGGACGCCAGUAAUCCCGAUGUCUGGCCUGAACGCCAGUGCCACAUGAUACGUGGCGGCAACAAGUGCGAGACCGCCUUCAAAAUCCACCUGUGCCGGCAGAUGAUGAAGCAGCAGCCAGAGAUCUCCUUGACUGGCAAGGAUGUGGAGGUCACCACUCCGUCGGAGUCCACCGAGCCAAUGUCCUAGGCCUGGGUUAAUAUUCGGUGGUGGUAUGCGGG